AAAAGAACCAAAAACAGGAAGGCGAGACCCUAAAAAGGACAGAAUCCUCACGCAUGUCGGUUUUUCUUGUCAUAGUUUGCCCAUGUUUCCCAUAGUUCGCGAGUUUGCCCAUGACAGGCAUAGUUUGUGUGUGACGGAUGGAUUCCCGCCGCUGUUUUGACUACUUUACACAUUUUGUAAGCUCUUCAUGAACCUUUAUGCCUUAAGGUUCGGUAUCUUUUGGUUCGAUGAUAAAAUUGCUAAUCUGAACACUAAUCGGACCAGGACUAAAUGUUUUUUUUUUUUCUUCUUUGGUCCGGACCAAAUAAACCAAACGAACCAAACUACAAGUGUGAAUGCACCCUAAGUCAAAUUUUAAGUUAGAUUUACUUAAUUUUAACCAAGUUAUAAUGCUAGUUGAUGUUACUUACGCUUUUUCAUUUACUUUAUGUAUACAAUUAUGUUCACCUUUUAGUAUGCAUUUUUCUCUGUUGCACACACUAGAAUAUGUUAAGUAGAGCUUGAAAAGUUAUGAAUGUACAUAUUGUUUUUUAGUUUAAUGUAUUUAUCUUUAUAAGUAAUGGAUGUUGAGCCAAUGAAUCAUUGAUCCAUGGGUGGGGUUUUUUUUUUUUUUUUUGAUAAUAAAAAUAACAUGCAUUUUGUUUCUGCAAGGUUUAUGUAAACUUGACUAGGGCUGUAUAUAAAAUAACCAAUUCUCUCCUCACCAUAGACAGUAAGUCUGAACUUGUUGAACACAUCUCUUUUGUUGCUGGAGACAUUAUAAAGUCCAGAGUCUGUGGUUCUGCUGUUGAUGAUGGUCACAGUCUGUCUCUGAAUCUCCCUUCAGCACUUUCAUCAUAAAACACACUCUUGUUGUUCAUUACACUAGCUAUGAGAAUGUCUCCAAACUUCCACUCGAUCUCUUCAUCUCUGUGUAUUUGAGUGAAACUAGAGUUCAGAGAGACUGAUUCUCCCUCAGUCACUGACUCUGACUUCACUGCAUCAGCAACAAACACACCUGAACACAAACACAAACACCACAUUUGGAGUUUUUCAUUUUCCACAGAAGUAUUUCUGAAGGUUUAGUCUGAUAAAACUUGACAAUAUUAGAGGAAAAUUAAUAAAUAUCAGAUUGCAUGUGGAGAAAUGAUAAUAUAAAGAUAACUAGAAGUACUCACCAGUCAGACUCCAGGAGAACAACCAGAAGAAAAUAAAUGUAUCAAACAUGUUUUAACUGUUUCAGAAAUGUUAUAAUAAUCAAGUCCUGCACUCUUGCGAAUGUCGAUUGUUCUGUCAGUGUGUAAUGAAGAUUUUCAGAGAAAUCCAGCAGUUAAACUCGUCCAGUAGCUCCUCCCACACAUUCCAAUCAUAUUAUUAGAAAUAGUUCCCAUUCUCUCCUUUCUGUAGCUCAUUUUGAGAAGGCAUGGCAGUAUCUGAAGGAGGAGUUUCGUUUCACUGAACCACUUAACAACAAACCCGCAGAUUCAUUCGCUUUAAGAAACAUUCAACGUUUUCACGAGUGUCAGGAUACGACUAUUAUCACAGUUCUGUUUCAAACUAUUUCAGAAAAUGUUUCUUUUCAUCUGUUUGUGCUUGUGUCAGGCUGGUGUGUUUGUUGCUGAUGCAGUGAAGUCAGAGUCAGUGACUGAGGGAGAAUCAGUCUCUCUGAACUCUAGUUUCACUCAAAUACACAGAGAUGAAGAGAUCGAGUGGAAGUUUGGUGACGUUCUCAUAGCUAGUGUAAUGAACAACAAGAGUGUGUUUUAUGAUGAAAGUGCUGAAGGGAGAUUCAGAGACAGACUGAAACUGGAUCAUCAGACUGGAUCUCUGACCAUCAUCAACAGCAGAACCACAGACUCUGGACUUUAUACAGUCUCCAGAGACACAACGAUCAACACGAUCAAUCUCACUGUCUAUGCUCGUCUGCCUGUUCCUGUCAUCAGCAGUAACUCUUCACAAAACUCUUCAUCAUCAUCAUCAUCAUGUUCAUUGGUGUGUUCAGCUGUGAAUGUGAGUCAUGUGACUCUCUCCUGGUUCAAAGGAAACAGUGUAUUGUCCAGCAUCAGAGUGUCUGAUCUCAGCAGCCGGUCUGAUCUUCUUCUCCAUCUGGAGUGUGUGGAUGAUUCCUACAGCUGUGUGCUGAACAAUCCCAUCAGAAACCAGACUCAACACCUCAACAUCACUCAGCUCUGUCACACAUGUGCUGCAGUCUCUCGGACAGUGCUGAUCUCUGCUGCUGCUGCUGGAUCUCUGUUGAUUGUUGCUGCUGUCGGGAUCUUCUGCAUCUGCAGGAAACACACAAACACACACAGAGAAGGCAAGUGUUUCCUGUAUGUAUAUAAUUCUCAAACAUCAUUUCACUGAGUGUUUGUUUCUGUCAUUAUUGUUGAAACAGAGACUCACUGAUCCCACAUUCAACAGAGGAAACAGAAAUAAAUCGAGAGCUAAAAAGGAGGAUCAUGUGGUGUACACAGGAGUCUCGAGACAAUAAGUUUGAAGUUAUACAUCAUACUGCACUGCAUCAUAUUUGCUGAAUUACAUCCAAUACUUAUUUUGCAUUGAGUCAGAUGUUUUCUGUUUUACUGCAUCCACACAGCAACAGAACAUUACAAAUAUUGAAAAAGUGUGUUUGUUUGUGUGUGUUUUUUUUUAUUAUUUUAACGUUUUUGUUUUUUAUUAUUUUUUAUUAUUUUAAAAUUAUUUUAACGCGUUAAGGAUUUUGAACUAAUCACAUGCAUUAAUGUUUUAACG